UUAUUACAAAGUAGCACGAAGCUGAAAAGUGUGUGCAUUGACGGACCAAUCAGAUGCCGGGGUUUCAUCCGGGGAAUUUCUUCUCACGUUAGCGUGUCAGUCCAUAAUGUUGUCAACAGCAAUAACGAGAAUUCUCCUGCAUGGUGUUCGCUCUCCCCUGCGUCCAGCUGGUUCAGUAUCAGUGCUGAGUCGCUUGUACCGUGGUGAUGCUCCAGAGGUGGAGAUGAUCGAGAUCCCACUGCCUCCAUGGGAGGACAGGAAAAACGAGACAGUGGACAUCAAGAGGAAGCGUCUGCUGUACGAGAGCAGGAAGAGAGGCAUGCUGGAGAACUGCAUCCUGCUCAGUACUUUCGCUAAGCGUUAUCUGGAGAGCAUGAGUGAAUCACAGCUGCGCGAGUAUGACCGCCUCAUCAACGAGCCGAGCAACGACUGGGACAUCUAUUACUGGGCCACAGAAGCGAAACCUACUCCAGAUGUAUAUCAAGGAGAAGUUAUGGAGCUGCUGAAGGAGUUCACUAAGAACAAAGAGAUGGAGCAGAGGCUGGACGCUCCAAACCUGGAGUACCUCGAUAAAAGCAGUCAGUGAGGCGGUCGUUCUCCUGCGGCGGCGCUGCUGACGUGGCUCACCACAAGGUGGAAGAAAGAGAGUGUGUUAAAGCACAGAAGAGUGAGAGGUUGUGUUAUACGAUAAAACCCGGAGGAGAAGUUUUGUGAGUUUGUGAAGGAGCUGCUGGAUGUGACUCGUGUCAGUUCUGGGGACUGACUGAUUUAUUGCUUGUGUUUAAUUUGUACAGUUAUUAUAUCAUGAAACUCUGUAUUGAAAUAUUAAAGAAUAUGAUGAUGAUGAUGA